UUGAUAAAAUAUUUUUAAUGUACAUUUUCUGAAUAUUACAAUAUUGAUUUUUGGCGGUAGUUAGUUUUUAAAAAGAAAAUAUAAUAAUACUCACUAAAACUAGUGCUACAUUUAAAGAACGACUAUAGCGCUUUCAGAAUACACACAUUUUUAAAAACAAUUAUGGCCUAAAUUGAAAUGUGAUCUGGUACCAAUGGAUUAUUCGCGGCUUUUUCGCGAAUCCAAGAUGCGCCCAUAUGUUUCUGCCAUUGGACGGAAUUAUGGUAAUUCAGUUCUCUCUUUACAACCCACAAUGCGGUUUUGUACGAUCGCUUUGGUGCUGCUCUGUGUGCUCCAUGUCUCAAAUCCGAAACCAUUUUUACCUGUUUUUGAAAACAUCCACAAACACUUCGAGGAUAAGUUCACAAUGAUUAACCAAAUGUUCAAUGGCAACAGCGAUGAUAGCUCCGCACCGGAACCGGAACCGUCACCCCCGAAAUCCAAUACACAUUCAAAUAAGAAGGCAAAUACUAGCCCCAAAAAGGACGAAAGGAGACAAAUCUUGAACACACUGGUCAAGCUUUGCAAAUCAGAAACAGGAAAGGACGGGAAAACUUCCAGCUUUGACGUUUCUCUGCCCAAACAAACCAUCAGUAAUAUUAACACGAUCACGAACAACAUCAGCAUGCCGGAAAUUCAAUUGCCACCGAUUACGGUUGUCAUCGUGAAGGAUGAAAAGGCGAUGGCCAAAUACCAAGAGAAAUCUAACAACGGGACCAUAAUAGUCAAACGUCGUAGCAACGCCAAGGAUCCCAAAGCUGCCCCCAGAACGGGAUUGGAAAACAGGACUGAGAAAGGAUUGAAUGCGGACAUUAAGAAGUGCGUCCUCAUGAAAAUCAAAGAACUUAAUAUUAUAAAAGCGUAACCGAACUAUCUAAGUUCGAAUUACACAUGCAAUUUAAAAUGUUUUUCAUUCAAUUAAAACAGGAACAUUUAA